CCAGCCCAAACCUCGCAGGCACCACCUCUCUCCGGCCGGAGUCCGGCUCCCCCCGUCUCCCUCCGUUGCCGACGAUUCGCCGGCCGUCUCACCCAGCCACCAACGCACCUCUCAAUGCCAUAUUGCCAUGGAAGGUCUUAGGCCGAAGAAACCACCAAGGCGGCUAACCACGACAUGCCCUCGUAGAUGGCGGCAGCCGGCGCCGGAGUUCUCUUCAGAUCCGAAUACGCAUGGAGCGAUUAAACCAUUAUUAAUCUACCUCACCUCAUUGCUUCAACAUCAACAGGACAACAGACCAGGCAUGCCCAGCUAAUCAACUGUUCUCGUAUAUUUCUUCUUGCCUCGGCCCUGCUAAGCCGUAUGCAUGACGACCCCUGUGUCUCUUCUCGAUGAUGAGCAUGAGCUUCGAGUUGGAGUUGGUAUCUCGCACCCUGAAACAACCGAGGCUGCCUCGAAUCUUCACAAGGGGUUCUUGCCUGCUCUGCCCAACUGUCAACAUUCACAUGCUUCUAAAACAAAUUCUGCCUCUAGAGUUGGAGAGCUUAUACUACCCAAUGGGGAUAUUUAUCGUGGCAUAUUACUAGGCAACACGCCACAUGGCUCAGGCUGUUAUAUCUGGGCCGAUGGUUGCGUUUAUGAGGGUGAGUGGAGGGGAGGCCUUAGGCAUGGGCAAGGAAAGACGCUAUGGCCGACAGGGGCCAGCUAUGAGGGUGACUACUCUGGCGGCUACAUGUAUGGUGAAGGAACAUAUAUCGGGCUAAACAACUCGACUUACAAGGGAGGCUGGAAGUUGAAUCUUAAGCAUGGCCGUGGUUUACAGACAUAUCCCAACGGAGACAUAUUUGAAGGUUUUUGGAUGCAGGGAGAAAUACAAGGACAUGGCAGGUAUACUUGGGCGAAUGGGGACACUUAUGUUGGCUCGAUGAAAAAUGGGGUCAUGUCAGGCAAAGGAAUUUUCACAUGGAAGAAUGGAGACUCAUUUGAAGGCAACUGGCUAGAUGGUGUCAUGCAUGGUCAUGGAGUCUAUACAUGGAAGGACUGUGGCUACUAUGAAGGAACCUGGACAAGGGGCGUGAAGGAUGGAAAAGGCACAUUCUAUCCGAAAUGUCGUGAAAUUCUGGUUCCCCAUGAGCUAUAUGUGGAUGCUUUAAGAAAGAGAGGUGCGCUGCCUGGUGUUGGAAUUCAGAAUCAUGGUUCACGUAUCCUUCACUCCUCCUCAUUCGACAUGGCAGAUGUGAUGGCUAGCAGAAAUCAGGACUCUGCAGUUAUUUCAUCAAUUAGAAGCUUGACAUUUGAGAAAACUCGCUCAAAAAAUGUAUCACUGGAAAGACGGUGGAGUCUUGGAGCGGCUAUUGAAAAAUUCAUUGGUCGUGAAACACAUCAAACUGCAAUUCAGAGCUGUGAAAACAAGGCUGCUUCCAACUUCCCUAUACUGGAGAGGGAAUACAUGCAAGGUGUUCUUAUCAGCGAGGUUGUGGUGGAUAGAACCUUCUCAAAUUCAUUCAGAAAAGUAUCACGUUGCCAGAAGAAAAUGGUGGAGGAUAUCAAGAAGCCUGGUCAAACAAUAAUUAAAGGACAUAGGAGCUAUGAUCUAAUGAUCAGCCUGCAGCUUGGAAUCAGGUAUACAGUUGGAAAGAUUACGCCGAUUCAGAGGCGCGAAGUGCGAGCUUCUGAUUAUGGUGCCAGAGCAAGUUUCUGGAUGAACUUCCCUAAAAAUGGAUCACGGCUUACUCCUUCACAUCAUGCUGAUGAUUUUAAAUGGAAAGACUACUGCCCAAUGGUUUUCAGAAAUUUGAGGGAGAUGUUCAAGAUUGAUGCAGCAGACUAUAUGAUUUCCAUUUGUGGAAGCGAUGCACUUAGGGAGUUAUCAUCUCCUGGAAAAAGUGGAAGUGUGUUCUUCCUAUCACAGGAUGAUCGAUUUAUGAUCAAGACUCUACGGAAGUCUGAAGUGCAGGUUCUUCUACGAAUGCUUCCAGAGUAUUAUUACCAUGUCCGUACCUAUGAGAACACACUCAUAACUAAGUUUUUUGGCCUCCACAGGGUUAAACCGUCCAGCGGUCAAAAGUUCCAUUUUGUAGUGAUGGGAAACAUGUUUUGCACCGAACUUAGAAUUCACAGGAGGUUUGACUUGAAAGGUUCGUCCUUAGGCCGUUCAACAGACAAAAUUAAAAUCGAUGAGAACACAACACUGAAAGACUUGGAUCUAAAUUAUUCAUUUUAUGUCGAUCCUUCUUGGCGGGAGACUCUGCUUAAGCAAAUUGAGACUGAUAGCACAUUUUUAAGGAAUCAUGCAAUAAUGGAUUAUAGCUUACUUCUUGGUGUCCAUUAUCGAGCUCCUCAGAACCUGCGGACACAGGCAUCCUUUAAUCCGACAAUCGUACCAGAUAGGCUCACUGUUCUUUCGGAAGAAGGUGCUCUGGAGGAAGACGCUAUGAACUGUUCUGAAGGAUUGGUUUUGGUUCAGCGAGCUAGUAACCAAAAUGAUGUCGUUAUUGGUCCUCAUAUAAGGGGAGCCCGUCUUCGAUCAAGUUCAAGUUUUGAAGAAGUGGAUCUCUUGCUUCCUGGCACCGCAAGGCUCCAGAUCCAGCUAGGGAUUAACAUGCCUGCAAGAGCAGAACAGACCACUAAAGAAGAUGACAGCGACUCAUUUGGUCAGGUGUAUGAUGUGGUGCUCUACCUGGGAAUAAUUGAUAUCUUGCAGGAGUACAACUUAAGGAAGAAGAUUGAGCAUACUUACAAGUCCAUCCAAUAUAACUCAUUGUCAAUAUCUGUCGUGGAACCCAAUAUCUACUCGGAGCGCUUCCUGAAUUUUAUUCGGACGAUAUUUCCUGAGAGCUCAUAAGAUCCAUUAAUUUCUAGUCUUCACGAGCAAAAUGCAAGCAGCUUCAUUUAGCACUUACUGUGGCUAUCUGCCUUUUUUUUUUUGCUACAUCCCUCUUCACUUUCUUCUCUUCCUUGACUCAAGCAUUCACCCUGGGAUUGGUUCUCAGCAUUGGCAUCGGGGUAUCUGAUCAAGGCAAGUUUCAAAGCAUGUUCUAGAAUUGGCUGCUAUAUCCAUCUUCAGAUAUUUAUGAGACAAGGAUAGACAUUUAUUGAAUUGCCUCGAUUCCCGACUGCAGGAAGCAGCCAGAUUUCUCAUUCAACACUGAUGGACCUCAGCGAUUUCUUGGAUUAUUAGUGGAAAACGUGCCUUAAAUUCCACUCGUCACAAUACUAUAUGUACGGUGGAAAUAUUUUGCACAAAUUGUAUAAAGCAUAUGAAUGACGCGAAGGGCUAAGGAAUCCGUAAAGUAUUCUCCCUCUUGGUAAAUUUAGCUUGAAGAUUUGGAAAUAAUAUUACAGUUGAUUCCUGUAAACACGAUAAACUGUCAUAGAGUUUCCUUGUGCAAUUGUUCUCCUUUUUUUCUUUUAA